AUGGUGUAUAAAACGUCACUCCUGCUUGGUCUUGCCGCCAUCGCCUCUGCUCUUCCUACAGACAAGGAUAGCAAGCAGGGUCUCGUGGCCGGUAAAUUCAUUGUCGCACUCAAGCCAACUGCCAACGUCGAUCUUGAUUUACACUCUCGAUGGGUGUCGGAUGUGCACGGACAGGCUCUCGCCCGCCGCGGCGUUGAGUCUGGUGGAAUUGACAAGACGUUUAGUUUCCCUGGUUUCCAGGGCUACUCAGGAUCGUUUGAUGAAGACACCAUCGAGAUCAUCAAGGCUAAUUCCAGCGUCCUACUUGUAGAACCGGAACAAGUCUUUACUAUUGCCUCGCCAGUCACGCAGCAAAGUCCUCCCUGGGGUCUCUCUGCAAUUUCCAAUGCCAACCCCCCAUCGUCGAAGGCCUCGUACACCUACGAUUCGACAGCUGGUGCAGGAACAUUUGUCUAUGUUCUAGACAGCGGCAUCUACCUCGAACAUGACGAGUUUCAAGGCCGUGCUGUUUUCGGUGCAGACACGUCAGCUGUCUCCAGCAAGAAGCAGCACGGCACACUUGUCGCCGCCAUCGUCAAUGGUGCCACAUACGGUGUUGCCAAAAAGGCUACCGUUGUGGAUGUCCAAGUUUUGGGCGAUGAUGGCGGUUCAUCCAGUGGUGUUCUGGCUGGUCUUAGCUGGACGGUCAACGACGUUGUUUCCAAGAAACGCGCUGGCAAGGCUGUUAUCAACAUGAGCUUGUCAGGAGGUAACUCGGUUGUCUUUAAUGAGGCGGUGCAGAAAGCGAUCGACGCCGGCAUUCCCGUCGUUGCAGCUGCCGGGAAUUCCAACGAAGACGCUUCACAAAGCAGCCCUGGAAACCAGCCUAACGUCAUUACGGUCGCAGCCAGCAGCAAAGACUACAAGCGAUGGGCUCAGUCCAACUGGGGGUCAGCGUGCGACAUCUUCGCUCCAGGUGAACAAAUCAUAUCAGCUUGGCCCACGUCUACUUCAGCAACAUACAUUGCAAGCGGCACGUCGGAGGCUUCUCCGCAUGUUGCUGGUGUCGUUGCCUAUCUUUUAGCACUUGAAGGUUCGCGCACGCCGGCCCAGAUUUGGUCGCGACUACAGGAGCUGGCAAUCAAGGAUAAAAUCACAGAUACAAAGGGGGUCCCAAACCUAUUGGUAUACAACGGAAUUGGCAAAUAA